UUUACUUAUUUUGUUUCUUUAUGCAUGUUUGAUCAGUAAUCGAUCGACAUUCGAACUAUUUUAGGAUAACAUUUUUGUCUUAUUUUUAAAACGGGUAUUAUCCCCUAAACAUUCCUAUCAUAUUCUCCCACCAUAAUCUGUCAAAUCGAAGAGCAAAAAAACAACAGGUCGAACCCGUCCGCUACUGAUAGCAAAAACAAUCGUUGCUAGACUAUCCGGGCACAAAAUCAGAAGCUGUCCAUCUUGUACACACUCCCCUCUUGUGUAGAACAACUUUACACCCGUAGUCGCCGGGGACGUAUUUGCGUUCGGAAUGCUAAUUUAAUGUUUCUUUAUGAGGCAUGGUCGUGUGCGUGCCAUUGGAAUACGUACCUAGGCUUCCGUAACACUCGUGCUUAUCAGUGAAUGGUAGUGAAGAGUACGAUUCGUCCAGCCCGAAAUUGAACCGCAACGUUGUCCGCAGUGAAACCGUCGUUAGUGUUUGAGCGAGAUCCGCCUCGAAAGGUGUGAGAACCGAAAGCCGUCGCCACAGUUCGGGUCCAUUUUACAGAAGGUAACCUAGCGAGGCCUACUGGGACCUACAUCCACCCACCAUCCCGUCACCGUUCGAGCUUACAUAAUCAUCAGUCAUACCGAUACUUGUCGCCAGUUACCAUGGCAAUCGAACUACCUCGCGUUAAUCUAGACGAGCCGCGCUACGACCAAAGUACCUACCUUAAUCGUGCCAAGCAUUUCCUUAUCGUGACCAAUCCAUUGAAUGUGUUCGCCACCGAGGAGCAGCUAGACCGGGCCGCCCGAAUUGUGCGCGACUAUCGCGCCGGUAAACCCGUCCCAGAUGUCAGCAGUGUCGAUGAGCUAUGGAGCGCCAAAUACCUGUACGACAGUGCGUUCCACCCGGAUACGGGGGAGAAGAUGUUGCUCGUCGGCCGCAUGUCGGCACAGGUCCCCAUGAACAUGACCAUCACUGGAUGCAUGAUGACGUUCUACAAGUCGACGCCCGCCGUCAUUUUCUGGCAGUGGUUCAACCAGUCUUUCAAUGCCGUGGUCAACUACACGAACCGUUCCGGUGCGUCACCCAUCAGCCAGGAGCAGCUGCUGACUUCAUACUGCAUGGCAACAGGUGGCGCCCUGGUGACUGCACUUUCGCUUAAUCGGCUCGUACGGAACGCUCCCCCGCUUGUCGGACGCCUUGUGCCGCUUGCCGCUGUCGCCGCAGCCAAUUGCAUUAACAUUCCGCUAAUGCGCAUACAAGAAAUCAAAAACGGCGUAACUCUGCUGGAUAAGGAUGGCAAUGAACUGGGCCAAUCGGUACGGGCAGCAAAGGAAGGAAUAUCUGCCGUCACUUUCAGCCGUAUCCUGAUGGCAAUGCCUGGAAUGGUCUUCACACCGGUGCUGAUGAAUACGUUGGAAAAACGAGGCUUCCUGCGACGAUUCCCAUGGGCGAAUGCACCGAUACAGACGCUGUUCUGCGGUUUAUGUCUCACUUUCGCGACGCCACUUUGCUGUGCGCUGUUCAGCCAGAAGGCUUCGAUCAAUGUGGCCAGCCUCGAGGAAGAUAUGCGCGAGAAGCUACGCAAAGAGCGUCCCGAGCUUGAUGUCGUAUACUACAACAAGGGGCUGUAAGCAGCCCCAACCGUUUGCGUUUCCGUUGGAUCUGUAGCGGAGAAUCGGGUUCUUUUUUUUCUUGCAAUACGUUUGCAUUUAGUACAAUGAGCUUUGUCCGUCGGAUUUCCAAUAUUGCAUUUUUAUCUCACAUGAUACGACUCACACACACACUCCACUUGCCAUAUUUGUUAACGAGACUUCUCGUAAUCCAUUAAGCAAAUUCGUUAUUUUUCUGUUUUGCUCAUGUCCACGUAGCGUUUAGCUUAAUGAUACAAAGCAAAAGAAUAUAUAUGUGCGUGCGUGUAUGACAAUAAAUGUAGCUCCUCGUA